CAGAAGACAUUUCCAUGUUCAAGACUACCAGCCAGGCCAGCCCCUCUUCAGAAUGAAGUUUUCCAGAUUUGUGAGCAUCCUCGUGCUAUUUGGCUUGCUUGCAAAGGUCCAGGGACCUAGUCUAACUGACUUGCUAUUUCCCAGGAGAUGCCCCAGAUUCAGAGAGGAGUGUGAACACAAAGAGAGGGACCUUUGUACCAGGGACAGGGACUGCCAGAAGAAAGAGAAGUGCUGUAUCUUCAACUGUGGAAAAAAGUGUCUAAAUCUCCAACAAGAUAUCUGCAGCCUGCCAAAAGACUCCGGCUACUGCAUGGCUUACUUUCCUCGUUGGUGGUAUAAUAAAGAAAAUAGCACGUGCCAACUCUUCAUCUAUGGUGGUUGCCAAGGAAACAAUAACAACUUCCAGUCCCAAAGUAUAUGCCAGAAUGCCUGCGGGAAAAAAAGCAAUCUCACCUGAACAGAGGAUACACUCAGGAAGUCAUCAGGAUUUGGCUUCUGCUCCAAGCCCUGUGUACCUGCUGGAUGCUCCAGACUGGCUUCUGAGGACCACUUUGAGCACUACAAGGCCCUGUGUCUUCCCAGUGAUUGGAUCCUAGGAUGCCUCCCCAUCCCACCAUGCCAGCUGCUAUUCACACCUCCGCUUAGGGUCCCCAUCACUAGCUCGGCCUCAGCUACUCAGCGUCACCGUCAAAAGCUCCCAGUUUAUUCCCAUGUAGCUCUCAGCUUGGUUUUGGUUCAGUAAAGUAUUUGGCGUCACCCUG